AUUCUUUUGGCAUCCCUCUUUUUCAUAAAGAUAGGCCAAUGAGGGUAUCAGAUACAGCAAAAACACAAUGAAGACAAAACAAGAAAAACUUAGAUUUUUCCCCCAUGGUUUCCGAAAUACCUCCCAACCCUCCUUACCUACCACAUCGUCGAUAACAUCAAAAGCUAUCCUUCUCCUCGUUUUAUCCGCUUGCUCCCUAUAUCUUCACCUCUAUGCCACACCAUCCAAUUCCCCCCUUUCACUUCACAUUUACCACCGUUCCAAGCUACUUACCUGUCUAGUUCAUGGGUUCCAUUUCCCCUCUACCUUCUCCUCCCUCCAUACCCGAAAAUCCAUUCACGAAUUAUAGGAUCUAUACUUGCUUUUGUUCUAAUGAUUUAUUGGCAACCACAAACAUGUCCAAUUGGAUAGAAUGUUACGACCCUUCAAACAACUCUUGGCAUCGAGUUGACAGGAUUCCUGAACUACGUGAGAACCAUGUGCGGAAGGGUUUUUCCAUGGCCUCAAUUGGUGACUCAAUCUACAUUAUCGGGGGCAGGCUUUGUCGCAAGGCUCCAGGCCCUGACUCUGACGAAAUUGUUGAGGGUGAUCGUGAGGUCCUCUCAUCUGUCAUACGCUAUGAUAUUCGCAAUGGCGCGUGGUCCAAGUGUGAGCCACUUGGCACCCCGCGGUUCGAUUUCGCGUGCACCGUGUGCGACGAUAAAAUCUACGUGGCAGGUGGGCAGUGCACAUUAGGCAUCGCACGUGGCACCUCAUCGGCUGAGGUGUACGACCCGGCACUUGACGAGUGGAAACCACUGCCUAACAUGAGCGUGCUGAGAUACAAAUCAGUUGGGGUGACAUGGCAGGGGAAAAUCUACGUGGUAGGAGGGUUUGCUGAGAAGGCGGAUUUGGAUAAGUUGCCAUGGAACACGAUUGGGAGAUGUUCGGCUGAGGUGUACGACUCGGAUAAUGCCAAGUGGGAACUUGUGAUGGGAAUGUGGCAAUUGGACGUGCCACCUAAUCAGAUAGUGGCGGUUGAUGAAAAGCUUUAUAGCUCGGGGGAUUGUCUGAAUGCUUGGAAAGGUCACAUAGAGGCUUAUGAUGGGAAAUUAUGGAAUGAGGUUGAUGGGUCACACUUGGAAACAUUGUCUUCUCCAAUUUCCAUUUCAGCCGCAAAUUGGCCUCCCAUCAAACGGCUUUACAUUACCAUGGCACCCGUCGGGACACACUUGUUCUUCUUGGCAGGAUACAGGAAGCCAGGGGAGCUCUGCAGGGUGGUGUCGGUUGUCCACGUGUUCAACACAUCAGCGAACAGGGAUCCAUGGAGGAGUCUGGAGCCCAUGGAAGAGGAAGGAGAAAAGGAGCUUUGUAGUCAUGGAUGCGUUGUUAGUCUUGGACACAACAACUCAUAGGCAUACAAUAUCCUUUGCCAAAAUGUAUUCCUCGUUUAAAGCAAUCACUCAUACUUGAAUCUUAAGAGUUGAAAUUUUUGGAUUUUUCUCUGUCUAUUAUCAGAAUUUUUAUUUUUAAAUUUUACUGUCAGUUGUGAAUGAAAUUUACUACAAAACAACGUCUCUCUUUUUUUAAAAAAAAAAUAG